AUGGCCCAGGAUUCGUACAAACGUGGCCGAGAGGAUCCAUACUUUGCUGGUCUGUUAGGAUGUAAUGACACUAGCAGCCGGAAUAUUUCUCGGUCAACAUCAGAUAUUGGUGAUUUCAUAAGUAGAAGUUUUUCAGAUGUCUCUGGAAAGUCUAAGGACUUGCCAAUACAGGAUUCAGUAUCAGAUGUUCUUGAACCCUUAGACCCGACCGCAUUUGGGACGUCGUCAAGGAUUCCUGGAUCAACUUCAUUCGAAUUCCCAAGUUAUCAAUCUGAUUCGAGCUUUGAGUUUGGUGGUACAGAUUUUAUCGUGAAAGAAUUCAGUCCUCAUACCUCUGAAAGAACCGAAGAAAACCAAACUGUACCUGUCCUAGCAAGCGUACCUAGAGUUGAAAAAUCAUUUGUUCUGAACAAAAGGAAAUCAAACCUGUCAAAGAUUCCGCUUCCUCAGUCAGCUGCAUCAUUUUAUAAUGGGUUUUCCCCACAAUUUGAAAUUAUGGAAUCAUGUGAUAUCACCAUGAGGCUAAAUUUAUACUUAAAAGCCAGAAAGGAUGAUGUGAGAGCUGGUGUUCCUGGAAAAUUCUUGCAUGCUGUAAUUGGGCAAGAUGUCUCAGAACUUGAGUAUGGGAAUAAUGCUAGAACUAACUUUGUCUACUCCUACUUGCUUGAAGCUCAGGUUCUGACAAUUCUAAGCUAUUGUAAAGAACAUGCAUUGAAAGAAGCGGUCGUUGAAGUUUUCAAUUGUGGAAACGUGCGUUUGUUAGCUCAGGGGUUACCUUUUGACAUUUCUCUUCUUUCAAAAGUUUCUCAUAGAGGUGAAUCAGUGUAUCCUUGGGUUGAGACUAUUACUCUUGGUCAGCGUUAUCACUCUAAACAAGUGUGUGAUUUGGCUAUGGCAUCUGUGCAGGGCUGCUCAUGCUGUACCCUUAUUGCUGAAAAGUUAUUCCUGACUUCACCUGAGCUUUUGGCUGGGAUAGGAUUCAGUAGACUUUUGUUAGCUGGCAUCCUAAUGGACACUGGAAACCUUACUAGUCCUCAUUGUACUACCGAAGACAAGUACAUGGCUACUUUGUUACUCAAUGGUGCCCGUCGUUUUGGAUCCAAUGGUCUAUUCCAGAUUAUGAGGUACAAAAUGUAUGAUAUCUCUGAUCUUAAAGUUGUUGACAUAUUGCGCAAGGAGUUCAAGAAGUGGACAAGAGUAGGUAAGCCAGAUGCAACUGGUUCGAGAGUAAUGGUGUCGAAUAUCGGGAUGAGUUCCAUUGGCAUAUCACUGGAGCAAUUUCUUGCUCAUGAACAUUCUUCAACGGAAGAAAUCAAGUAUUUUCAGCAGUUGGAGAAGCUUCGGUUACUCAUGAUUGUAUCGGGGUAUUAUGAUGCUGAAAAGAACUUCAAGAGGGAGAUACUGGUCUCUGCUGAAUCUAUGGAGCUGAUGAGGAAUCUGCUCUCCUUCUUCAAUUCAAAUGCCUCCCAUCUGCCACUCAAACCUAUACAUCAACCAGGUCCGCUACUAUACACUAAAACCCUCUCACUUGUUGAUCAUCCAGGUCUCAGACAUGACAUGAAGGCAUUUGAGAUUGACAAAGUUACAUCAAGAAAGACUAUCGAGCGUCUGUUGGAAGAAUUUGGUGGGGCAUCAAAAGGCUAA